ACUAUUUAACUUCAUAUUUUAUUUUUGAAAAAUUGUGAAUGAUUUUUUUGUUAGAAAAUAUAUCCUUCGAUUAAAAUAGUUUCAUAAUUCUAAAGCCAAUAAAAUUCUUAUUAUUCUUAUAAUGAUUAUACUGAACGUUUAUAAAGUAAUUUAUCUGAAUGUGUGUGUGAUAUAUAACACACUACAAGGCCACCACAAAAAAUUUACAUAUGCUAGACAUUUACAUAAUAUGUACAUAUAUACUUUUACCACGAAUGUUUCGUCGCGAACGCAUCUUUACGACAUAAAAAAACAAUUGGUCCAAUUGUUUUGAAUCGAGCGUUUGACUUAGAUGCAAAAACAGACGGUACAAUUUUAUUUACAAUAACGUUAUUGUAGACGCACAGUUUCCAAACGAUUCUACAUCGAGGAAUUUUCCCUUUUGUCAACCAGUUAAUCUCUAAUUAAUUUUUCAUCCUUGGUUGACUGUUACACAUUUAUUAAAAAAAAAUAUUCUAUAUUACGGAAAGAAUACACACAUAUACACAUAUUUAUCUACAUCUAAUCUUAUGCAUAUACAUAUGAAAAAACAUACUUGAUAAAGGAGUACUAGAGGUCGAGGCUGAUAAGGAUUAGAUGACUUCUGACGGAGCGAGCACAACUAAAGAAUUUUAGUUUUCGAAUCACAACGAUCACAAUUUACAAUUAACAUAUUUAUUUGCAUUCCUAGUGUUUUAUAUUUUAUAUAUGAGUCUCUGUAAACGCUAUCUUAAAUUGACCUCAGAUCAUAAAAGAAAUGAAAAUUUGAUAAAAAAUGUGAACAUCAUUACGAUGCUAAUAGAAAUGUUUUUAAUAUCGUCCAAUGUUUACUUUUGCCACUCAAUUAAAUUAUUAGGUGAUUUGUAGACUAUCUAAAGGAUUUAUCCAAAUUAUCGACCUUGUUUUUUAUUAAAACGAUAUACAUAGAUGAUGACAAUGUCGUCAUCUAAAACUGGGUGGGAUUACCCAUACUUUGACCCAACUGAAAUAAUGACCUCGGUCUAUCAACCAGCACCAAUUCCAGAAGAAGAAUUUCUUCCUCGAAAAAAACAAAUACCAGAUACCCACAUAAACAACAAUAAUUCGUCGAUAUUUGAAGAAAUGAAAACGAAUGUUCGAAGUACCAAUGUAAUGGAAUUGAAAGAAGUGGAUGUGAUCGCACCGAAGAAGAAUGUCGCAACGUUGACUGUUGUGCAACCAGGAAGUAUACCAUGUCAAAAUAGUGGUUGCAGAAACUGGGGAACUCGUGGUGUACCUGAAAGUCCCUGGCAUAUACUUAAAACGAUAUUUCUUGUUUCUAUUAUUGUUACAUUAAUUAUAUGGGUAGUGAUUUAUGCGCUGCUAGCACAAUAUCAUAUAUUCUGAUGACAGCGUAUCUUCAAUGCAUAAAGGAACAGAAUAAUUAAACCGUGCAUGGACGAAAUCAUAAUCGAAUUGUUCUUUGUACGGAAAAGUACUUAUUUUAUACAGUCCAAAAUAAAUCAAUCAGAUGUAUGUUUAGACUGUAUAUGUCGAUAAUUAGAAAUAAUUAUUUUAUGUACUUAUGUACUCACAUCAGAGUUAUGUAAUCACAUAACUUAUUUAAUGUAGUUAGAUUUUAAUAUAAUACUCACCAAUGAUUUUGAAAUAUUAACUUUUUAUAAUUAUUGCUAUAAACAAAAGUAUAUCUUUGAUAUAUAGAAAUAAUAAUUAAAUAUGUUUUAUUCCGGGUUAAAUGAUAACAUAUUAAAAAAGAAAAUAUUUUUCAGAAAUAUCUUUUUUAAUAGAAAUCUAUUUUAAUAGAUUUCUCUCAUGUGCUAUAGGAGAUUCCGUAAAAUUAUACAUUUGUAUUACUGUAUAUUUUACAUAUAUGUUCUACACAAAAAAUAAUUAAUGUAAUUAGUUCUUGAAAGGAAAUAUAAAAUUUUUAUAAAAAUUUUCUGCAUAUCUGGUGAUAAUAAUUAAAGCAUAAAGGUAACACUUAAACUACAAAAUUGUAUUCUUCAGCUAAUACAGAUGUUGUGUGUCUCUGUGUAUAGAUAUAUGUGAAUAUGUGUGUAUAUAUAUGUAUAUAUGUAUACAUAUAUAUAUGCAUGUUUAAAAAAAUUGUUUCUAAAAAAAAAAUGUACUAGAGUUUGAUGUCACAGCGUCAUAAAUAAAAGUGUUAUGAAGAGGUUUAUACUGUUUUGUAAUAAAUUUGAUAGUUUCUUGAGCAGCCAAUCCACCUAAAAAUGCAGAUACUGAAUGCAAUUCAGCGCCACCAAAUCGACAAAAUUCGUGAACAUAAUCAUCCUUUGCCAAUGGUCCACAUCCCCACUCACUCAACAAUUUUGUAAUACAAGUCUAUAAUAUGAUUAAUAUUGCAUUUUCUCUUAUAAUGUAUACACUAUAUAGAACUGACAUAAUAUUACAUACCUUUAAUUUAACAAUAUCAGGCUCCACUUGAUCAUCAAAUUCCCCUGGAUAUGAAUUAUAUUCUGCUUGAAAUUUCUCAACUCCUCUAAGUACAACAUAAUACACCAUUAAACUCUCAGGAUUCUCCAAACUUUGCACUAAAAAAGUAUACAUAUAAUGAUUAUAUCUGAUAUGUAUGUA